UUUUACUAGUCUACGAUGCGUGAAGCCCUGGAUACCAACGAAUCCAGCCACCGGACCAGGCAGCAACCAACUCCAGAAUCCUUUUCCCCCUUGACUUGCGAGCGUGGGGGUGGGGCACCGGCGUCUGGGAGACUGGCCGCCGUGGGGGCGACCGCUGGCGGGUGGCCGGCUAGGGAUUGGUCGGCUCCUUCCUCCUCCGCUCAGAUUCAUCCACUUCUGCCUCAGCUGCGGCUGUCCGCUACAACAUCAGGCUCCGUCGACGCCGCGCAGUGCCUCGGUGAGCCGUGGAGACAUUCUAUCUACAAUUUGGUUGAUCGAUUGUUGCGAUUGCUUCUAGCUCUUCCAGUUUCUACAGCAAGUGCCGAGCGAGCAUUCUCUACUUUGAAGAUCAUUAAGACAAGGCUACGUAAUACUAUGGAAGCUUCACCCCUCCAAAGAUUUCUUUCAAGCUCCGCCACUGCUCAUCAGGGUUGCCAACUGCAAAUUAUUAACCUCUGGACCUCUGAAGAGCAAUUCAAGGGAGCCUCCGCUUGCGUUUACUGACUUUACAGAGAUUAGUGUGGUGCCGCUAGCUGCUCGGUCACUGAGAAGGCCGCCGAGACGGCGAUCGUGUUGGCCGUCGACUCAAUCAUCACUCCGGCGAGUACGCUGUUCUCGCUGAUCCGCUACAUCACAACGGCGGUGACGAAGGCGAGCGAGUGCCAGGACAGGUGCCGAGAUCUGGACAACCGGGUCUGCCUGCUGAAGAAAAUUCUUUCUGGGCUCCACUCGGAGGCGGCGAACGAUGACGCCACGGCGUGGGCGCUGUCGAGUCUCAAGGAGGCCCUCCUCCACGCGCUGAAGCUUGUGCAAUCCUGCGACCGCGCCCAGAGCGGCAUCAUCCGCCAGUUCUUAUUCAUUUGCAGCGCCGAGGAGAAGCACGCUAUGUUUGAUGACGUCAGGAAGAGGAUCGACAGCUGCCAAGGUGACCUCUUGCUCGCUCUUGCUGCUCGCUAUUGCCAUCUUCAAGCAGCCAUCGCCCCGGCAAAAGAGAUCGUCCACAAGCACUACUACAACAUAGACAGUGCGCUGUUCCAUGUCCAUGUCCACCCACGAGGAGGCGCAGGCGCAGCAGCAUCGGGUCCCCAGGUACUACCCGUCAUGCCCCUGCGGCCCGACGAACGGCGUCGUCGACUCGGCGAAGCCACUCUUCCACGCACAGAGACGCCAAGAAGACCUGAAGAACGGUGUCGACACGGCACCACUCUGCCCCUUCAACUUCUUGCUGAUUCCCCUUGGAGGCCAAGUCAUCGUCUUCGUUCUAAUGCCCCGGCGGAGGCAUCUCGGGAGCGGGUCGCCGGCCCCGUCCCACAUUGCGGCAACCGGGUUGAGCCAGCCAACGUUCGGCCGACGAGACCCUCCCAUCGGAAGCCACACAAGGAGACAACAACCGUCCAAGCUGCUCCUCCCUCGGCGCCUACUCCAGUGGUGCCCGACCGUGGACGCGCUCCUGGACCUCGUGCUGCCGCGGCAGACAGACUCCCACGACACAACAACCGUGUCACUGCUGUUGAUGCUAACGCGAUCGCUCGUGCGGUGGCCAAUCCGCAUGGCGAUGCCAACCAUUGAUCAGCCGCCGCAUCCCCCGUGGCCAGACCGCCAGACCAAAAUGACUAUGCAGAUCUGUGAGGUGAGGUACUCCGUCCUUGCAAGUUGCAACAGAAGAAUCCCGCAAGCAAUAAGAAAAGGAAUUUCAAUUCUGAAUUGGUUAGAAAUUGUAAUGGACAUUUUGCUGUAAUUCAGGAGAUCCAGAAAUUUGUCGUUGACAUAAUACACGCUGGUUAAUGUA